AGUCUCCAACCAAAAAAGUCAAGAUGUGGUGGUUGAUUCACAUCACGUUGUGUCAGCUAUGUCUUUUGAGCUACAGUUUAGGUUUUGAGUGGCCUUCAUUAAAUUACGCUCAACCGGAAUCUUGUCGUCCCGAUCAAGGCUUUGAUACAAUCAACUUUUUUUGCUACAAUUGUCCGGGAAAUUCAACUGCUUUUACGAAUGGUGAUUACGGUUGCCAAUGCAAUUCGGGAUUCAAAACCAUUGCCGACACGGGAUUCUAUGGAGGAUUCGGGAUCAGAAAUUUGGACCCCGGAUUGAUUUGCGAGGCUUGCCCUCCAGGACAAGUUCUUACUCGAGAUGGUCGGGAAUGUAUCAAAUGUCCGAAUGACAUCAUUGAUAAUCAAUGCUCUUGUGCCCUCGGAGAAAUUGCCCUUGAACGAGAUGUCGACGGAGUCCUCAUGAAAGCGAUCCAAUGCAUGCCUUGUCGAGGGCUUUCACAGCCAUCGCCUGAUCGUUCCCAAUGCAUGCCUUGUCAACCGAUACCUCUUCUCCCCGGAAAUGAAGCCUCGUGUAAUUGUUCAUUAGUUGGUGGGAUUUGUCUUCCGGAGAACUUGGGAAUUGCAGAGCGGUACUCGCCAAGCAGCAAAGACGAGAUCGUCAAUUUUGCCGAUGAAGAGUUCCAUUCUGCUUUCUUCAAGGAACACGUCAAAGUUGCAGCUUAUAUGUGCUACAAACACAAAAACACAUCAGCGUGCCAUCUAUUGGCAAACCUGUGUACGAUGGCUCUCCACGAUGUGAGCCAUCCGUCUUGCGAUCUGAUCUACACGUUGAGUAUGAGAGAUCGCCUAACUCAAAUCCCGCAUUUGUUCUUUUCUGACCGCAUGACCACAAGCGUGCCCACAGAGGAGGAUAUCACUAAUGUGUACAACUUCCAAGGCCCUGGAUCGCGUUUCAAUAUCACGGCAGCUCAGUAUGAUCUAAGAGGCCAUUUACUCUCCGUAGACAGUGCUCAAGGCAUGCUCUUUCAAAUGUGUAAUGGAUCGUUUCAAGAGUUUGAUGCGGCUUUUUCGUUUGGCACCAACUACUUGAAGAAGUGUAAAAUACCCGCACACAAACUCUUCAACCGUGGAGAGCCCACCUUCUUUGAUCUGUAUAUUCCAUAUGUCACUAAGAUGGCCGAUAAUGAGGAAGAAAAACUGUUUGCCUUACCAAUGCUACUUCUUAACACGAGGCGAAAUCAGGAAGAGGAGGAAAAAAGUCGAUGGCAAUUCACAACUAGAUUUUUCUUGGUAGACACGAUCUCUGGAAUCCCUGUGUCAAAUGAAGAGAUUCAAAAUAGCAAACCCAAGCAUGUUCGUUACUUGAGCAAAAUGAAGAUCAAGAUUCGAAUGUUGAACACACGAGAAGAUCCUAAGAAAGCCGGGCGGAUCUACCCUCCAAUAGUUGUUAUCGAAUACGGCGAUAUCUCUCGAGAUGCUUUGGAAGAAAGCCAGGAGGGCUUAGAUUUCAGUUUCGAGGUCAAUUACGAAAUGGACAUGAAAGAGUCAAAGAAAGACAUCGAGAUUUCCGCCGGCGUCAUGAGUGUGUUCGCAGUUCUAUGGUCUGGGGUUCAAACCUGGUCGUGGUCAAGACGCUCCGGAAAAGUGACCAUUGAUCCACUAACCGUUGUGAAGCUUGUCCUUUUCACUUGCGGAAAUCUGGCCCAUAUAUUUCUCAUAAUAGUGUUCUUCUCCAGUCUGGUUUGGGCGGCAUUCUUCAAAUUUCAGGAUCACCUCCAUGUGAUGCUACCAAGUUCUGAUCAGGAAAUGCUCAUAAAGUACUACAUUAUUGCCAUCUUUUGUUUAAAGACUGUCGAUGUCAUUCAUUUGAUCGUCUCUCAAAUCACAGUAGAUAUAUUCCUAUUGGAUUGGGAACGACCUAAGGCCGUGUCUUCAUCUGGAACUCAUGGCGAACUCACCAAAGAAGAAGCUGUCUCCGUGUGGAGAACAUACCUUGUGGCGAAUGAAUGGAAUGAGCUCCAAGUUCGUCGAAAAACGAACGUAGGGCUGCAAAUCAUCAUCCUCAUACUUCUCUUUCAAGUAAUAGGCUUAGAACAUUACGCAACAGCGGAUCCGAAAAUGUCCCUGUCGUUCAAAGACGGCGAAUACCACAGCCAAUACAGCUUUGUAUGCCGUUUUGCCCUAGCAGUGGUCAUUUACAUGGGAGUAGCUCUUAUCCAAGCCCUUUUUUGGACCUUGAUUUACGCUGGAGUCGUGGAAAACAAAAUGGAACAAUUUGCGGAUGUAUGCUCGCUCUCAAAUAUUUCCGUGUUCAUCUUGGCUGCGAAUAACUUCGGCUAUUACAUCCACGGAAAGUCAGCCCAUGGAUCUGCGGAUACCGACAUGGCGACUCUGAUCGAGCAGCUCCAACGGGAGGCCGAUGACCGAUGUCCUCAUCGUGGACUGCAGGCUCAAACGGAUGAUCAAAGCUUCACCAUGACUUUGCCAACAAAGUUGAAGUCGUACUACGACAAAAUAGUCACCCCUGCUACUGAUUUGGCUGGCAUCAAGGGCGGGCCUAGAAUCUCCAAACUCUCUGGGAACGCAAUUCAACAUAUGGUGGAAGCUUAUUCAACAAUGAACAAGUUCCUCACUCGAUUCCUCGAGCACGCACUCAAAGAUUUAGAUUACGAGAUCAAAGACAAGUUUGUUUUGGAGAAAAUUCUUGAUGUCGAGUUUCAAGACGUGAACAUCACGGAAAAGGCCAUUUUCUAUGCAGAUAGUGGCCAUUCAUUCGACGCAGUGCUGUUCUAUGGAAAUGAAUUUUCCCUUUUGACGUUUGAUAUGAUGGUAUUCAUCUUUGUCGAUCUUUUCGCGGAAGACUUCGUUCUAGCUGGAGUUGUAACCUUCUUCGCAGCCGAGUGUCUGAACUUCGUACGCCAUCACUUGGGAAAACAGAAUCUGGCCAGGAAGACUUUGAUUGACAAAAGAUUCUUAAUAUAAGACCAAUGCGAUUGCUACUCUAAGUAUUGAUAACCAUUUGUAAAUAAUUGUGUGCCAAAAGACUACCAAAAUAAAUCGAGUUCUUACCUUCA